GCGGUUAUAUUUAUAUAAAGGGGGAAGUGAUGUUGCUUCGGGUGACCACGCGAUGCUUUCUAGGAAAACGUCUGACACAUAGUGCGGUACGCGUACGCUUUGCUCCUAGUCCGACAGGCCAUUUACAUCUUGGCGGCUUGAGAACGGCGCUCUACAAUUUUCUUUUCGCACGCCAUCAGCGUGGAAAAUUCCUGUUGCGGAUUGAGGACACGGAUCAAACGCGACUGGUGCCGGGCGCCACUGAGCAACUGAUUGAGGACUUACUCUGGGCAGGCAUAGAGAUUGACGAAGGCCCCGGUAUCGGUGGUGAACAUGGGCCCUACAUUCAAAGUGAACGCACCGAAUUGUACAGCAAGGCCGUACAACAGUUGCUCGAUAAUGGCAGCGCCUACCGGUGUUUUUGCACGGAACGUCGGCUGGAGCUGUUGCGUAAGGAGGCGGUGCGGGCUCGUCAAAUUCCACGGUAUGACAACAAAUGCCGACACUUGACGCCGGCGCAAUUGAACGAUUUGCUGUCUAAAAGAACGCCACACUGCAUACGUUUUAAGCUAACAGACCAUGAGGAGCCUCUGCAGGAUAUGAUCUAUGGCAGUGUGCAUCAUAAUGUCAGCGACAACGAGGGCGAUCCCGUCAUAAUGAAGAGCGAUCAAUUUCCAACCUAUCACUUUGCAAAUGUCGUGGAUGAUCAUUUGAUGGGCGUGACGCAUGUCCUGCGAGGCGUUGAAUGGCAAAUUUCGACCACCAAGCAUUUACUGCUCUACAAAGCCUUUGGCUGGCUACCGCCACAAUUCGGACAUCUGCCACUCCUUGUUAACGCCGAUGGCACCAAACUAAGCAAACGCCAGGGUGACAUUGGCAUCAAACACUUCAAGGAUAAGGGCUACUUUCCAACGGCUCUGCUUAAUUAUGUUGUCUCAGCGGGCGGUGGUUUCGAGGGCAGACCCACAGCAAAGCCACACCUUUACAGUCUUGACGAGCUAUCCCAGCAAUUUCUAAUAGAGCGAGUAAAUGCGCAUCCUAGUCGCUUAAACCCAGAUUUGUUAAAUGACUAUAACCGUUCGGAGAUUAUAAAGAGAUUGGACAAUGAAUCAGCGCGACAGCACUUGGUCCAGCUUGUGCAGCAACUUGUCCAGCAAGCCUUUCCACAGCACCCCAAUUUGGAUUUGGCCGAAUCACAUAUAGUCUCCGUCCUCAAUUGGGCUUCACAGCGCUUAUAUUUACUGCCCGAUUUAGUUAGCAGUAAACUCAGCUUUUUAUGGGUUAAGCCCACUGAUUGCGUAUUGGAAAAUUUGUCGAAUAAACAAUUGCAGCAUUUAUUAACAGAACUGGACUCAGUCGAGCAAUAUGACAAAGAUGAAUUGAAUACUGUUCUUAAAAAUUUUGCCAAGACGCAGCAGCUAAAAUUUCCAUUGCUUAUGAAAACACUGCGAAGCGCCUUAAGUGGUCUUACAGAAGGACCAGGCGUGGCAGAAAUGAUGGAGAUCCUUGGAAAACGCGUAGUUCUGGAACGACUGGGUGAAUGUCUCAAAAAGCCGAGGUUAACGCGUGAAGAGCAUCAAGUUUGAUUACAUUUUAUUUAAUUUCACAAAAGACUUUUUUGUAUAAUAUGUAUUUAUAACUUCUGUAAUUUGAGAUAAGUUUAAGUUCCGCUUUUACGUCUUCUUGAGUAAUGAGUAAAUAACGUUAAGAGUCCAUUACUAUCAUAUCGUAUGUAUAUGUGUUUUAUAUAA